UGCCUUGUGUAACUUGCUGGCAAACAUCUAGGACAGAGGCAGGGCAAGGCCAAACACCUUGGACUUCAUUUCAAGGAAAUAAGUGUAAGAGUCAUCCUCAGGCAAAAUGAAAAAAGGUCUGGAACCCCCUCCAGCAGAAUAUCCAGUAGAAAUACCAGCACCACCAUAUCCUGGUCCCCCUUUGGACUACAAUGUGCCUGGGUCUGCUCACCAGCCUGUACCCCAGCCUGUCGCCCAGCCGCCUUCCCAGUCUUUUGCCCCGCCUGCUCCCCAGCCUGUAGCCCAGCCUGCUCCCCAGCCUGUAGCCCAGCCUGCUCCCCAGUCUUUUCCCCAGCCUCCUCCCCAGUCUUUUCCCCAGCCUCCUCCCCAGUCUUUUCCCCAGCCAGUUACCCAGCCUCCUCCUCAGGCUUUUGCCCAGCCAGUAGUUCAACAACAGGGUUACCAGUACACCCCACAGCAACCUCAGAUGCUUCGGGCAGUGGGCCAGGUUGUAAUGGUGCAGAACCUGCCGAAGGACGUUCCUGGACAGAUGCAUUGUCCCCACUGCCAAAACACAGUUGUGACUAAAACUGAUUACAGAGUCGGCAUGCUCACAUGGUUGAUCUGCGCCGUGACUGGAUUCUUAGGAUGCUGGCCCUGCUGUUUGAUCCCUUUCUGUGUGAAUUCUUGCAAAGAUGUGGAGCAUUACUGCCCAUCCUGUAACAACAUCAUCCACGUCUAUAAACGCAGAUGAAACAUUCCCAGCAAAACCUUUGCUUUCCACAACAUUCCAGCAACAUUGGUUUUGGAUACAGUAAUGCCCUUUAUUGUUUGCCAUAUGUUACACCGAGAUAGUUUUUCUGAUGUCAUUAUAACUUGUUCAUCUCUCAAUGAUCUCUGAUCCUUGAUCAAAUGGGAAUAUUAGGUAAACAACACAAAAUGUUCCCAUUUGGUUGUAAAUAAAAUGUGUUUUGCUUGCAGAAAUGUUCCCUAAAAGUUUGUUUUGAUGUUUGUAUGGUUCACUAGGAUAAUUUUUCUAAAUAUGACAGUUACUUAAUUUAGUUACUUCUUUUGUAUAUGUGUUGGUCCCAUUUACAGUUAAAAUCAUCUACAAUAUGGGAGUAUUUGGGCAAUGUUUGCACAAGGUGCACAGUUCAAAAAAUUUUAGAAUGAACAGGCAAACUGCAAUAGGAUAAAUAUUUUAUCUACAAAAUUAGUAAAUUGUUUUAUGCAUACACCUGGAUGUAUGUGUUAGUGUACCAAAAUACAACCAUUUGAACUUGUCAAUUCUUUGCAUCACUAAUUUAUUCCACUGUCAAAACUAAAUUAAAGAAUCAGAAAAACACCCAAAAAACACACCACCCAGAUGCUUUGGUUUUCAUCCAUGAUGUCAUCCAAGUCUUUAUGCGUCAUGUACUUAAACCUGUGUUUAACUUGUUUGAUCACUAUGAAUACAUACACAGUGUAGUGUAAGAGAGCAUUAAUAGUUCCCUCAAAAACAAAGAAGACUUAUUAGCUUGCGUUCCUUUUAGUCUUACCAUGGGAGAACCACAGGCGACUGUUAAUUCAAUGCUCUGAGUUUGUGUAGCUUAACCCUGCCCUUACUGACGUAAAAUGUCUGAAAUUAAUGUCUACAUAUUGUAAAUACAUGUUGCUGCAUGCAUUCUCUAUUUUAUUUGUCUGGUCAUUAACAUGUGCAGUCAUGUUGUAAAAAUUGUAAUAUGAAAAUGUGACAAAUUCAUUUAUCGUAUAGUUUUUAAAUUUGUCUGAUGUAUCGAUAUUACAUACCACAGUGAUAUACAGCACUGGAUGGUACACCAUAAUUAUAAUGUCCAGCAGAUUCUUCUGAAAAUUAUUUUUUUAAACAUGUACCAAUCUCUCUCUCUCUCUCUCUCUCUCUCUCUCUCUCUCUCUCUCUCUCUCUCUCUAUAUAUAUAUAUAUAUAUAUAUAUAUAUAGAUAGAUAGAUAGAUAGAUAGAUAGAUAGAUAGAUAGAUAGAUAGAUAGAUAGAUGGAUAGAUAUAUAGAUAUAUAUAGAUAUAUGUUCUUUUGAUGCAUCGUGACAUUCCAUUAUGAUUUUUCUGUGCUGAUUUUCUUUGAUAUAUCAAGUCUGUUACAAUAAUAGUGAAUAAGUUGUUUUUGAACUUGAGCAUCAAUAUUAAAUAUUAUUUUUAAAUAUUGAAAUAAUCAGAAAACAUAAUCAGAAGCAUUAUUAAAAAUAAUUUGUUAGUAACACUCUUGCAAUAUUUCACCAUGUUGUGAUUUAAUUUUCUAAACAUUUGCAUUUAUUUACACUAAAAAUGAGCUUGCUUGUAUUUUGAAAUAAUCUAUGAGCA